AUGCCUUCAUCUUCUUCAGCCUUAUCACUGCAUCUGAUCUUCAGGCCAGCGGCUCAUCUCAUCUCUUCUUCAGACCAGCCUCUGACUCUAAGCAGUGUAGUUCUCUUCUUUGCUCUCUCAGUGUUGUCAGUGUCUCCUGCAGUCUCACAGGCCUAUGAUCAUCUCUUCUCUGCUCACACAAUCUCUGACCAGGCAUAUGCAAAUAUGUCUAGAUUCUCUAUCAAUGAUUCUCACACCACGGUGCAUUUCCGCAAUCUCAUUAUCAAUGAGAGAUGA